AUGACCAGUAACCCCGGCGGCCGGGCCAUGGUUGUAGCAUUGCUGGCGUGCCUUGCGAGUGUGGUGCUCGCCGCCCCGGUAUACCCUCGCGACCCGCACCUGGACUGGAGCGAGUGGGACGCCCCACCAGCGUCUCACCUGAAAGACGACCCCGCCAAGAGCACCAUGGACGGCGGCGGUCGCCAGCAUGUAGACGACGCCGGCGUGCGGCGGCUGCAUCCUGCUGGACCUUGCGUGUCGCAGGAGCGCUUGGGGAAAGACGCUAUGGAGUAUAUUGCCUCCAAGUAUUCGUUCCACUUGAUAGGCGACAGCACCAGCCGUAGACUCGGGGAGAGUUUUGUGUCGAUUUUCACGGGGCGAGGAUCGAUCCACCGAAUCGCCCAGAGGGACAGGGACUUUUCUUCAGGGAACCUUAAGGUGCACUUCUACUGGGCACCGUUGUGCUCGGGGCCCGAGAGCGUCGGCGCGAUGCUAGCAUCCGUCAUGGACGCAGUCCGCGCGGCGAAGGACGGCAAGCGUGCGGUGAUCAUCACCGCAUACGGCGUCCACGACGCGUUUGAGCUGCAUCAUGCCGCCAACGGGCAUGGGAGCCCCUCGUACAAGAGCGCCCUUCCUCAAGAUGUCGUUGAGAAGGACGGCAUGAGGGCCGCCGCCCUUGGCGCUUGCCGGGACACUACCACUCAGCUGGUCAGAGCAGCGGCAGCAACGGCGGUACCCGGGACCGAAGCGCCACCAGUGGAGGAAGAGCAAUCGCCGGGGGAUGGGCGGCGCCAGCUGCCGAACGUGUCAACGAAGGUUGAGGUUGGACCACACGAGACGUCAGAGAAACAGGCAGCAGGCAUCCCACCACACAAUGUCAGAGGUGGUUCGGUUGGGGCUGGAAAUGAAGACACGCUGCUGGGCGCAUCAGCCCCGCCGGCCGCAUCAGGCCCUUUGCAGCCGCUGCUCUUUCUCAUGCAGAACAACAGAUAUCCCCCCGGCUCUGUGGAGAAUGCGUUUCAGGAAGACCUGCAUAUAAUACAGAGGCAGGUUGUUGGCGAGUGGGAAGCAAGCGAAGGGUCUAAGGGCGAUGGCGGUGAACGAGGAUUGUUUCUAGUGGACAACAGCGUGGGCUUGUAUGGGAACUUGUCCUGUUACCGCAAUGCCAACCCAAUCCACUUCGAUGAGCCCGUGAAGCUUAUGGAAGGCAAGAUGCUUUGGGACUUGCUGGUGCUCGUCGACAACGGGAGCGUGUUACCCCCCACCGUAUUUUUGGCCGACGAAGACUACGGCCAUAGUGCUGAUGGCGAGGGUGGCGAUAGUUUCUCGAUGAAUUCGUUGUCGUUGUCGUUGCCGUUGUCGGUGUUCUUGUUGAUAUCUCUUGGUUGUUUCUUGUUUCGAUAUUGCCGCAAUAGAGGAACGCUGGCACCAGAGUGCCAGAAGCACGGCAGAAGUCCAAAUGAAUGCGACAUUUAAGGUGCCGCUGACAGUAUGCCUGGAGUGCGGCGUCGAUGCACAUAGGUUGUUCGAACGUCGCUUUUGGCGGUGGGAUGUAUUUAUUUUCCGGGGAAACUGCUCCGCAACCGUAGAGCCGGUACAAUAAAGUAUUGCCAUAUGUAGUUAGUCUCUGUCUCGUGUAUCCGUCGUGACCGUUAGUUCUUGCGCGACGUGGGCUAUUCAGGUCUUAGUACGUAGAAUCUGCUUCCUCCUUUAUAGUGCGUAGACUUCCUUAACGUGCUCGGUUGUGUUGUGCGCUUGUUCCACGUAGACUCACGCGUUGCCUUGUGGAGGCCUCGCUGAGUUGACAUUGGUGCUGUUCCAUGUGCACCGCGUACCUUGUGUUCGGAGUGUUGUGCAUCUGCCGAAACCGUUUCUCUUCGCGGCCGAUUUUUUUAUUAGCGCGAUACGCAAUCUAUCUUCUCGAGGGGUUCGGCUCUUUUGGCGUGCGCCCACACCCUUUGCAGCGUCGUGCGCCAUAUAUGGGCAUAUCAUUAGGCGCUUUGUCCAAUUUUUCAGCAGUGGUGAAUUCUUUUUGUUGUGUGGUUGAGGGAAUUGAUAUGUACUGUAGCGGUUGAGUGAAUUGACGUCGCCCAUUCCUCCGUCGCAUGAAUUCUUGUUGGUGGGCUGAUCGUUGUGUGCUUGAUGUAUUGCAGGGUACGAACGUUGCCCAAGGCGGGAGUCAAGCACGCGCGUACGUGUUCCGCCGUGCGUUGACUGCACCGAUGUGGUCCAACUUUUUUUUUCCACAAGCACCUACAGUAUCUAUGCGUUCGCCGUACGUUGUACGUUGACUGCACGUAUUGCCAAUAAGGUGUUUUCGUUUGUGGUCUCGCGGGGCCAAAUUCAUCUUUGAAGGAG